AGGGGGGCUGGGAAAGUUGAGGCCGCGCUGCCGCCGGGUCGCCUGCCUAGAGGGAGGGCUCCGGCUCGCAACGGCGGCUGCGGCGGCGGCCGCAGGAAGAGGCGGCGGGGCGGGGGGAGAGGAGGGCCCGGGCCCGCGCUCCCCCAGCCCCAGAGGAGCCGGCGGCGGCGGCCGCAGAGGGAGAGCUUCGCCGGGGCGGUCGGACAGCCCUGCUUCCCCGCCUGGAAUCAUGACCCGGGCGGGGGUCGCCGCUGCCGCCGCCGCCGCGGCCGAGACCGCGCAGCCCGCGGUAAGAAGAAAACAUAACUUAUAGGCCAUCUUCUGGCCGAAGAUGAUAGAUUUGGAUCAUAAACGGGAGGCGUUGGAAGCCAGGAAUCAAAAGUGAAGAAAUUCUGCAAGCCUUUGGAGAAAAAUGGGGAACCACACCCGCACGUCCUCCAGCGCACCAGAACAGGUCCCUAUCACUGUAACCAUGCCAGAAAUGACAGAAAAUGAGACUCCUACAAAAAAGCAGCACAGAAAGAAAAAUCGGGAGACACAUAAUGCAGUGGAGAGGCAUAGGAAGAAGAAAAUCAAUGCUGGGAUUAACAGAAUAGGAGAACUGAUCCCAUGUUCCCCUGCACUGAAGCAGAGCAAGAAUAUGAUCCUGGACCAAGCUUUUAAAUAUAUAACAGAAUUGAAAAGGCAAAAUGAUGAAUUCCUGCUAAAUGGAGGAAAUAAUGAACAAGCUGAAGAAAUUAAAAAGCUACGUAAACAAUUGGAAGAAAUUCAAAAAGAAAAUGGCCGAUAUAUUGAAUUACUGAAAGCAAAUGACAUAUGCUUAUAUGAUGAUCCCACAAUCCACUGGAAAGGAAAUCUUAAAAACUCAAAGGUCUCUGUUGUUAUUCCCAGUGACCAGAUUCAGAAAAAUAUUAUUGUUUAUUCCAAUGGGAGUCAGCCUGGUGGCAACAACCAGGGAGCAGCUGUUCAGGGAAUAACCUUUAAUGUUGGCCAUAAUUUACAAAAGCAAACCGCCAAUGUGGUGCCAGUGCAGAGGACUUGCAAUCUUGUGACUCCUGUGUCUAUUUCUGGAGUUUACCCUUCUGAAAACAAGCCAUGGCAUCAGACCACAGUUUCUGCAUUGGCUGCCAACCAGCCUGUUCCUCUUUGUCUUCCGGCUACCAUUCCUGCUCAAAAUAUUCUCAAGCUUGCCACCUCCAAAAGCGAUUCACAUGUGCUUGGUGCCACCAGGGGCUCACUGGUUGCUGUUCCUGUAGGACCUGAACCUUGCCAACAUCGGUCCUUGCACACAAGUCUAAAUGAUCAAAAUUCUUCUGAAAAUAAGAACGGGAAAGAGAAUCCGAAAUUAUUGAAGAAAAUAGUCCCUUGUGCCACAAGCGUCCCCUCCAGCUCCUCAGCAACUACCACUAAAGUGAACCCUGGAGGCAAGUUCUGCCCGAGCACACAGGAUUUGAGAAGUGAUUUUCAAACCACCUUUGUUGUUUCAGUUACCACCACAGUCUGCUCCCAGCCUCCCACAUCUGCAGGUGAUUCUGGUCCAGUGAGCAUUAGCAAGGGUGCAGACUCCACAAGCGUAACCGCAGUGGUGGCCCCAUCUGUCCCUGAAGGAGGGAAGACCACCGCUCCUGUGAGCAGUCCUUCUGCAAAUCCUUUGGAUAAUGGUUGGACUCUUUCUUGUUCUUUGCCUUCUUCAGCUGUUAGUGCUUCAGAUUUGAAAAACAUUAAUAGCCUUACUCGAAUUUCCUCAUCUGGAAACACGCAGACAACAUGGACUACUUUGCAACUGGCAGGAAACACUAUUCAGCCCUUAAGCCAGACACCUUCUUCUGCUGUGACUCCAGUAUUAAAUGAGUCUGGUACUAGUCCCACCACAAUCAAGCACAGUAGACAUAUGGCUACAGGCAUCAAUUCGAAUAAUUCCUUACCAGCAGAUGGGCAGCCAGUUGAGCAAGUAGUUGUAACCUUGCCUUCUUGUCCACCGUUACCUAUGCAGCCAGUUAUUGCCCAGUCGCAAGUUAAAUCUCAGACCCCCCCAAGUAUCCUCCCAUUGAAUUCAGCAAUGCAAGUGAUUCAGAUGGCUCAGCCAGUGGGGACAGCUGUUAAAGCAGCUCCAGCUAAUCAAAACGUUAUCAUUCUUCAGCCACCCAGCACCACUCCAUGCCCAACAGUGAUGAGGGCAGAGGUUCCCAACCCAACUGUAGGUCAACAGAUAGUAAUCAUACAGGCAGCUAAUCAGAAUCCUUUGCCACUCCUCUCAGCUCAACCUCCUGGUUCUGUUCGACUCCCUGUCAAUGGAGCCAAUGCUAUAAUAGGAUCUAAUUCAGUGCAAAAUGUGUCGACCCCACAAACUUUUGGUGGAAAGCAUCUUGUCCACAUAUUACCAAGACCUUCAUCUUUAUCAACAUCUAAUUCAACACAAACUUUUUCUGUUACCGUGUCGAACCAACAACAGCCUCAAACCAUUUCUUUAAAUGGACAGCUCUUUGCUUUGCAGCCUGUGAUGUCUUCAUCAGGAACUACAAACCAAAACCCUAUGCAAAUUAUUCAACCCACCACCAGCGAAGAUCCAAAUACCAACGUUGCCCUGAAUACAUUCGGCGCUUUGGCCAGCCUCAAUCAAAGCAUAUCACAGAUGGCUGGGCAAAGCUGUGUACAAUUGUCUGUUGGCCAGCCUGCCAAUCCUCAAACUAUUGCAAAUAAUCAGACCACCCCAGCUAACAGUGCUUCAUUAACAGCAACAGUAGUAUCGCCCAUGACAACAGAUACUUCAGCCACACUACCCAGCACUUAUAGUCUUGUGACUACCCCCUCAGUGAACACUGUAGCUUGUUUGCCUAACGUGAAGUCAAAAAGGUUGAAUAAGAAGCCAGGUGUCAAGAAACACUUAGCAGCUAACAAGUCAGCAUGCCCCCUGAAUCCAGUCAGCGAUGUGGGCCAGGUGGAUUGUCCCAGCACUGAAGGCUCAGCAGAACCACCAUGUAAUGAUGGACUGCUGGAAAGCCCCCCUCUUGUGGUGCCAUCUGUCACUGUGUCCCAGACAAAAAGUACUGUGAAUGUUUCUGGUUCACAUUCUUUGGAUGUUCCAAAUUCAGAAUCAGUGAUACCUGAGUCUGUACCCAAAUCUAAGUCAGCAGAAGGGUCUAACUCACCCUGCCAAGAAUCUAUAACAAGUGAGCAUUUUGCAGUGGCCUCAGCAAAAUCCAAAGAUUCUGUCCCCGUAGUGCAAGAGACAUCUCAGGAUAAGCCACCAAUUAGUUUGGCAUUGUCAGAUGCUCCCAAAUUUGGUACUUCAGCCAACGUGUUCAUUCCAUCUCCAAAUGAUCCCCCUGUUUUGGUUUCUCAGGUUUCGGUUUCAUCAUCUACCACAAGCAUUACAAGUACUGAUUGUAUUACUGAGGUAGAAAUCAUUGCUGAGCCUUGCGGAGUUGAGCAAGAUUCAUCAGAUAGAAUGCAAACUACAGGUCUCUUAAAGGAGCAAGGUUUAACUGCAUUGCUAUCUGGUCUUGCUAAAGACAAAGACCCUCAGAAAUCAUCUCUUUCAGUCCAGGUGGACCAUCCUGACUUUUCUUCAGAAAGUUCUAAAAUAAUUGAUUCAAAUAUUGAUUUGCAUCCCAAACAGGAGCUGUUGCUGAUGAACAGUGAUGAUAGAGACCCAGGACAGCAUCAUUCCUGUAUCCCUGAUCAGGAGAUUAUUCAUGGCUCUUUGCUUACCAGUCGGCAGGCUGACUCUCCCAUGUCAACCAGCUCGGGUAGUAGUCGUAGUUUCUCAGUUGCAUCCAUGCUUCCUGAAACAACUAGAGAAGAUGUCACCAGCAAUGUAACAACUAAUACGUGUGACAGCUGUACCUUUGUAGAGCAAACUGAUAUAGUCGCUCUUGCAGCAAGAGCUAUUUUUGACCAGGAGAACCUUGAGAAAGGAAAAGCUGGUACCCAGGCUGAUACAAGGGAAGUUACUUCAAAGCCUUCUGAAGCAUCAUCUUUAGAGGGAGACCAGCCUUUCAAAACACAGGUCUCUAAAGAGAAUAGCCUAGGUCAGGCAGAAGCAACAUCAAAUGAAUUUAAUUCUCAGGAUUCAAUUGAAGCAACUGUGGAUAGGCCCCAUGAAAAACCAAGUUGUUCAGUAGGGAUUAAAACAUCAAAUGCCUCUUUGCAGGUUUCGAAUUCUCAGCCACCAAGCAUUACCAGUUUAAGUGUGAAUAAUCUUAUCCAUCAGAGCAGCAUCAGCCAUUCUCUCGUCAGCUGUGCUGGAUUGUCUCAGACUUCAGAGUCAACAACUGUUUCUGCUACAGUUAAUCUGACUGUUUCAUCUAGUUCCUAUGGCAGUCAGCCUCCUGGACCAUCUCUGAUGACUGAAUAUUCUCAAGAACAACUAAGCACUAUGACUGGUACUGUACCAACUUCACAGAUUCAAGAGCCACUCUUAAAGCCAAGUCAUGAAAGCCGUAAAGACUCCGCUAAACGUGCUGUCCAAGAUGACCUUCUACUGUCCUCAGCAAAACGUCAAAAGCAUUGUCAGCCAGCCCCCCUCAGGCUUGAAGGUAUGUCCCUGGUUAGCCGAACUCCAGACAGCAUUUCUGAUCAUACUCAAAUGAUGGUUAGUCAGAUCCCUCCCAACUCUUCAAACUCAGUUGUGCCUAUUAGCAACCCAGCACAUGGAGAUGGCCUUACGCGAUUAUUUCCACCUAGUAACAACUUUGUGGCUCCUGCAUUGAGGCAAACUGAAGUUCAGUGCAGUUCUCAGCCUUCGGUUGCUGAGCAGCAGCAAACCCAAGCCAGUCAACAUCUGCAGGUCCUGCAACAGCAUGUUCCAGCUCAAGGGGUUUCUCACCUGCAUAGUAACCAUCUCUACUUAAAGCAGCAGCAGCAACAGCAGCAGCAGCAGCAACAGCAGCAGCAGCAGCAACAGCAGCAGCAGCAGCAGCAGCAGCAAGCAGGGCAGUUAAGGGAAAGGCAUCACUUAUAUCAACUGCAGCAUCACAUACCUCAUGCAGAGAGCUCUGUCCACUCUCAGCCCCAUAAUGUCCACCAACAGAGAACUCUGCAACAGGAAGUUCAUAUGCACAAAAAGAGGAAUCUUGUUCAGGGCACUCAGGCCUCCCAGCUUUCCUUACAACCUAAGCACCAUGGGACUGACCAAUCCCGAUCCAAGAGUGGUCAGCCACAUCCCCACCAUCAGCAGAUACAGCAACAGAUGCAGCAACACUUCGGAAGCUCCCAGUCGGAAAAGAGUUGUGAAAACCCUUCAACUAGCCGGAACCACCCUAACCAUCCCCAAAACCAUCUCAAUCAAGAUAUUAUGCACCAGCAACAGGAGGUUGGAGGCAGACAGCAAGGCUCAGGGGUUUCUUCUGAACAUGUAACUGGGCAUAAUCCAAUGCAGAGGCUCUUGACAUCAAGAGGCAUAGAGCAGCAGAUGGUGUCCCAACCAAGUAUUGUGACUAGACCUUCAGACAUGACCUGUACUCCACACAGACCAGAGAGAAAUAGAGUUUCAAGUUAUUCUGCCGAGGCACUGAUUGGAAAGACAUCUUCUAAUUCAGAGCAGAGAAUGGGUAUAUCGAUUCAGGGUUCUAGAGUUUCAGAUCAGCUUGAAAUGAGAAGUUAUCUUGAUGUACCCAGAAAUAAGAAUUUGGGCCUUCAUAAUAUGCAGGGUCGUGUGGACCAUACUGUUGCCCCAGAUAUCCGGCUGUCUGACUGUCAGACAUUUAAACCAACUGGAGCCAUUCAACAGCCCCAGAGUAAUUUUGAAGUACAGUCUUCAAGAAAUAAUGAAAUAGGUAACUCUGUGUCAUCAUUGAGGAGUAUGCAGCCUCAGGCUUUUCGAAUUAGUCAAAACCCUGGUCCUCCACCAAUUGACCGCCAAAAGAGAUUACCUUAUCCACCAGUUCAUAGCAUCCCAGCAGGAAAUGCUAUCCCACCAAGGGACAGUGAAAACACAUGUCAUCAAAGUUUCAUGCAGAGCUUGCUUGCCCCUCACCUUGGUGAUCAGAUCAUUGGGAGUCAGAGAUCACUCUCAGAACAUCAGAGGAAUGCACAGUGUGGGCCAUCCCCUGCAGUUGAAUAUAAUUGUCCCCCAACUCAUGAAAGUGUCCAUAUUAGAAGAGAGAGUGAGAAUCAGAAUAGGGAAAGUUGUGACAUGCCCCUAGGUGCGAUUAACACCAGGAACAGCACCUUGAAUAUUCCUUUUUCGAGUUCUUCCUCAGGAGAUAUUCAAGGUCGAAAUACAAGUCCCAAUGUUUCUGUGCAGAAGUCCAAUCCCAUGAGGAUCACUGACAGUCAUGGGACCAAGGGCCACAUGAAUCCUCCAGUCACAACCAACAUGCAUGGGGUUGCGAGGCCAGCUUUGCCACAUCCAUCUGUGUCUCAUGGAAAUUCUGAUCAAGGGCCUCCUGUACGUCAAACUAAUUCUUCAGUUCCCCAGCGAUCAAGGCAUCCCUUGCAAGACAGCAGUGGUUCCAAAAUUCGUCAACCUGAAAGGAAUCGUUCUGGAAAUCAAAGGCAUAGUAAUGUCUUUGAUCCGAGUCUUCCCCAUCUUCCUCUCUCUGCUAGUGGCAGUAUGAUUCUUGGACGCCAGCAACCCACUACAGAGAAGAGAGGAAGUAUUGUUCGUUUCAUGCCUGAUAGCCCUCAAGUACCUAAUGAUAAUUCAGCACCUGACCAGCAUACGCUAUCACAAAAUUUUGGUUUUCCUUUUAUUCCCGAGGGUGGCAUGAAUCCACCAAUAAAUGCUAAUACUUCUUUCAUUCCACAGGUUACUCAGCCUAGUGCCACUAGAACUCCAGCACUCAUCCCUGUAGAUCCCCAAAAUACUCUACCUUCCUUCUAUCCCUCGUACUCUCCUGCUCACCCUACACUGUCCAAUGAUAUUCCGCUCACUUAUUUUUCAAAUCAGAUGUUCUCAAAUCCUAGCACAGAGAAGGUAAACAGUGGGAGUUUAAAUAACCGAUUUGGAUCAAUUUUAUCUCCUCCAAGACCUGUUGGUUUUGCUCAACCAAGUUUUCCUCUUCUCCCUGAUAUGCCACCAAUGCACAUGCCCAACUCUCACUUAUCCAAUUUUAAUAUGACAUCUUUGUUUCCAGAAAUAGCUACAGCUCUUCCUGAUGGCUCAGCAAUGUCACCUUUGCUUACAAUCGCAAACUCCUCUGCCUCUGACACUUCCAAGCAGUCCUCAAACCGACCUGCCCACAACAUAAGCCAUAUUUUAGGUCAUGACUGUAGUUCAGCUGUUUAAAUUCUGAUAGACUAAGUGUAAAUGUCACAGGUGAGAUUACAAAUGUAUUUGUAUGUGCAUGCACACAUACAUGCACAUGGAGAGAGAAUUGCGUAUAUGUUUUUGUGUUUGUAUAAUCACUUUGCAGUUUUCUUCUGAAUGUAGGGAAGCUGUGUCAGAUGAUGCGAAUACUUGGGUUGUCAAAAACAAUUACCUUUCAUUUUUAAUUGCAUGAUGUGAUUUUUAAAUUUUCCAAGCAGAUUUACAUUUUCAAGUUUGAUUUGUAAUGUUAUAUUCCCUAAAUAUUAAUCAGCUGGAAGUUGGGGGAGAUCAUUUUGGGGUGUGUUGAGUAGGAGGAAUGACCUCAAUUUUGAACUUUAUUGUUGAAAAUUUGUAAACUAGUUGAAAUAGUUGAGUUGUUCUAAAAAAAAAAAAAAAAUGCAGAUAGUCCCAGAAAACACAAUGACUCAUAACCAAAUGCUGGUUGAUGUCAGGAUCUAGAACAGUUUCUUACCCAUGGCAUGUAUUGAAUUAAUACAGAAUGUAUAUCCAUGGUUAAAGUCAAGCAAAUAAUUGAGUUGUUUAAUCAGCCUUUAUUCCCAAGAUUUGAUUUAGGUAGAGGCUUCUUUCUUAAUUAGUAGUAUAACAAUUACUUAGUUAUCUGAAUUUCAUGUCCUGUUCUUCAAAUUAGGGAGCCAUGCUACCCUUUAAUGUGCCAAGAUCCUUAAAGAUAGAAAGUUAAAAAGAAAAGUACAUAGAUAUUUUCCAUGUUGUGCUUGCAUUUUACAUUAGUCCUUAAGGAUAAGAGCAGUUGUGGAGUUUUGUAUGUGUUCAGUUAAAAAUUGUUUCAUAAGUUGAGUUUUGUUUUCAUAUUCUCUCUUCAUUCUAUUUAUUGAUUUUAAAGUAAAUUCUUUUACGUUUGUUUAAUUGGUAUGGACUGAUCAGUAAAUAGUGUCUUUGGAAUCUAGAGUUAUCUGAACCCUACUUUUUAGAUAUUUCUUUGCAAAGUCUUAAGUCUGUCCUUAUAUUCAUUUACUGAUAUUUUUAUUUAAAAUAUGGCAUUGUAUAUUGCAUUAUUAUCCUUCAUAGUAGAAUUAUAAGAAGAUGAAUUUGUUCAUUAUUUUUCCUGAUGGCAGAUGUUAAAUGGUGCUUCAGAAACUAUCCUUAUAUGUUGUGUGUGUGUGUGUGUGUACGCCCAGAAUUUAAAGUAUAAACUUGCUGUUUAAAAAUAGGCCUGCCAUCUGAAAUUGGGAAAUUGAGGCCCAAGACCUGCUGAAGUAUACAAAAACUUGAUGUAGAGGGCUUAAGAAGCCCCACUGAAGUUAAUAAUCUAAAUAUAUAUAUGUAUAUACUCACAUAUUGAAUUUGAAAACUUAAACUAAAUCAACAAUGAUAUAUGCUCAUAUUCUCAAACCCACUACUUUUUGUUGUUAUAUUCUGCCAAAACUGGAUGGAGUGGGAGAGAUGCAUAUAAAUUGUUCUGUCUUCUCUGUUAAAAAAGUGAAUCCAAGAACCAGCAUUUUUUUUAUUUUUUAUUUUUCUCCUAAAAAAAGCCUCCUAGGGCUUGGUUAGAGCAGUGACUCCAGUGAAUACCUCUUCUAAAGACUCAGCAAAAGGGUCAUCUGUGCCUCUUCAACUAUUCUCACCAAACUUUCCCAUCCACUCCUGCUGCUAACUGAAGCAGCCUCCUGGGGGCAAAAAUACUGUAAAUGAGAAAAGCUUUUGUAUUUUCUCCCUUCAAAAUGGUCAUGGGAAGAACAGGAGAGCUUCAUGAAUAAGUUAUUCAGCAAAGCCACAGAUAAACUCAUCAGUUAAAACUGUUAAUUGAGACAAAAAUGUGAGAUUUAUGACUUUUUUUUUUUUCAUCUUAACUGAGUUUUAAGCUUUAGCAUUCAAGUUUUUCUUUGUACUUGAAAGGUCCAGGCUGCCAGUUACAAAGACAGUUUUCAGUGUGUUUGAUUAUUUAUUAUUCUCCUCUCCCCCCCACCUCUAUUACACACACACACACAUGCAAGCACGCACCCGUGCGAACACAGCGGCUAGCGAGUUCUGAAGAACUGGGGACUCUUAGAUGUAAUUGGAACUAAGGUAACAAGCUAAGGAGAAACUCAAUUUGAACUCUGCGAUGGAAUGGCCUCAAAACUCGGAACUUUCAGAUACUUCUCUGUUGGCAUUGAUGGUAUUUUUUGCUCAGCUCAGUUCAGGGGUAGCAUUUACAUUUCUCAGAGCUUUCAUUCCAGGCAUGUAACACCUUGAUCCCGAAUGAGUCUUUAUUCCUAAGUAAGGCUUAUUUGACCACCGGAGAAAGGAUGUGACCAUCUGCAAGUAAUUUGGCUCCUGCUUACAUGUAGCUCUAAUUAUCUUACAGAAAUGUGCAUAUAUACAUAAGAGGCCAUUUUUUAUAUGAACUCAAUUCUGAAAGUGUUCAGAGCAUAGUAAUCUUAUUUGAUUUAAAAGCACAAGUGUAUGAGAUUUAUCAGCAGUAUUAAGUAUUUGAUCAUUAGAGCUACAUGAUUUUGAGGCAGAAUUUAUUUUAAUAUCCAUCUCUGGAUGUAAUAUUUGACAAAGGAUUUGCAGAGAACCAUAGCCAAUUUUGGUUAUAGUAAAUUUAAUGUUAUUCUUGGUUUCUAGUAUAUGACUAUAGAAUGUAAAACCAUUUCCACAAGUAAUUUUUUUAAUUUCUGGAAGUACACAAACUUAUGUAUGAGGUGUAAUUGAGAAUCAUUGAUUAAAUUAGUUUCUCUUUUAGUGUUGCGCAUCAAAUGGAAUCAGUUCCAGAAAGUGGUUGAUUCCUCUAAACUUUUCACACAGUAACUUCUAAUGAGGUGAAAAAUUUCAGAUUUUUUAUCGUGUAAUUUUUAAUAUGUCAAUCAUGGAUAAAUUAAAUUUGAUGUAUUUUUUUUCUUUUUUGGUACAAACAGGUUGUUUUGGGAUGUUUUAUACUUCUUUAGGGAAUUUAUUUUUGUUUUUAUUGUAAGACCCUUUGGGAAACCAGAAACGGCACCUCUUAUCUAAGUAAGGACUGAGAAUUCCAGAAUGACAUGCUUUAUAAAAUUUAUAUAUUAGAAUUGUGGAGAGAAAAUAAUGAGGAGGGAAUGUUUUUUGCAGCAAUUUCAGUCACAUGUCAGGGUGAAUUUCAAUAAAGGUCAUCUUUUAAAAUCAGUCUUUUAAAAUACAAAAUUAUUUAAAAUUAUUUUAAAGAUAAUUCAUUUGCCUUGUUCUUGCCUUCUAACACCAGCCAUUUCCUGGAGAGGCUGAAAGUUAUACUCCAAAAAAAUAAAUAAAUAAAUUUAAAAAAUGGGAAGACAUUUUAAUGGGAGUAAAGUCCUAAAAAUUUGAGAAAGGAUCAAGACUUACAGAUAUAGAUCUUCUUAGCUGUACCCUUCCUUUGAUACAUAGGUACCUAGGCUCUUAAUUUCUUCCAUCUGCUCCAAGUCUAAUGUUAUUUCCUUAGCAUGAUUACUCCUUUGCCUUGAAACAUUUAUUGGGCACACCAUCUAUUGGGUCAGUGUGUGACAGGAAGUCAUUCUCCCAAAUUAGUGAUUCCCAGUUCCUGGUUUGGGGAACCACCACGUCUCCCACUGUACUAAGUGACAAUAAGAAUUUUUGAAACAAAAGAAAAUAAAAAUUGAUUUAAAAUAUUGAAUGUGCCAUAUAGUUUAGCUCUGUUCCUUAUUUAAUGAACCAUGAUUUGUCCUGCGUUCUACACUUCCUGUGUGAGCCCAAGGGUGUUUCUACCAGAGUCUGAGGGAGACAUCAAAUGAGGAGUGAGGCAGUCCAGAUUUGCUGGUAAGAAGUGUUGAGGACCUUUUUGGACAUAAUUUCUAGUUCUGCUUACAUGCCUCUUCCCUGGUACUGCACUUUACCUGAAACUGUGCCUCUGGUCCCAAGACCAGCCAUUGGAACAUGUUAUUCACCCACUCCUCUGUUAAAACAAAGGACUAGCCAGGAUGGUAUAAAUCAACUAGUCCAGCACCAGGAAGACAAGUACAUCUGAUGUUUCUCACUAUUGCCUUAUACUCUGAGCCAUCUUUGAUUUCAAUCCUGUAAAAAACUUACUAGGUUGAAGCAACACUUCUUUUAAACUCAGAGCUUGUAUGUGAUGGUCAUCCAACAUCCUUAUUUCUAGAUUUGCACAAACCCCAUCAACUGUAAUCUUUCUCUGUAUCAUGUAUGUAUUUAGAUGCUACAUAAACAUGAGCCAACUUGUGUUAAAAAUAUUGGACAUAAUAUCCAAAUGGUGUUUUUCUUGGAUGACUGCAUAAUCAUUAGAGAUUUCAUGAGAAAUAGAAGAUAAUUCUUUGUUUGCAAUUUAACCUUUUAAAAAAUAUUUUGGGGGGCUCAGUUAUGUGUUUGGUUAUAUAUAAUACUAUGUCUUAGGAAAUUAAUGUUUACUCCAUUUCAAUCCCCUCUUGCAAACUGAAGUAUGAUGUUCAAAUACUUUAGUCUGUUCCACAGCCCCUGACUCAAAUCAAUUUUUCAUCUAUGAGGUCAUUGAGGCACUGGACUUGAUUAUAUUGGUAACCUAUGAAGGGAGUUGAACGGUUGAUCUUCCAAGAAGAAAGGGACCAGACAGUGUUGCUUAAAAUGCUGCAGUUGUGUUACUGUGAAGAAAAGAUUUGCUUCCACUUUUAGCAGGCCAUUUAUAUAAAUCUGAGAACAUAAUUACCUUCACAAAUUAUUUAUAGAAACACUGGGCAAGAAGCUUACUGUAGGGCAGUUACCAGAAAACAAACAAACCCAACUGUAGUGCUUUCAAAAGUGUAAUAAUUGUAUCUAUUUCCAUGCCAGCAAUGCCUGCUGCGCACUGUGUCCUAUUACUGUAAAUCACCUGGUUUAUAAUUCUAAUGGGAGCUAACUUGUUUUGUAAUGGAGACCAGAGCAGAUAUGUAUAAUAUGACCAGAAUUGUCCUACAGUUGUAAAUAAGAAUAGGUCCUGUUUAUUUUGACAUCUUUUUACAAAUGCAUUGUAUUAGGGUGUGAAUAUUCUGAACCAUGCUCUUGUUUAAAGUUUUGAAAUUUUUAUUGGUAAAUGUAACAUUUUAAUGGUUGUAAUAAUUAUUUGUAUAGAUAUAAAUAUAGUAUUUUAUUUAAGAAAAUAAACUUUGCAUUUUUGCAUUGUGAA